AUGGCAAAGCAUCUGACCAUAAUAAAUCUUUCUUACAAUCAGCUAACAGGUCAGAUUAAUUCCUCUCACUGGGAAAACCUUGCUAAUAUGGUGAAACUCGAUUUGCGACACAAUCUACUUGAUGGGACAAUUCCACCUUCUGUGUUUUCGCUUCCCUUGCUGCAAAAGUUACAGCUUUCCAACAAUCACUUCUCUGGUCAGUUGCCUGAAUUUGGAAAUAUUUGUACCCUAUACAACCUUGAAUUGAGCAGCAACAGUUUGGAAGGUCCUAUACCUAUGUCCAUCUUUAAUCUACAAGAGCUUAGAAUACUCUCACUUUCUUCAAACAACUUCACCGGCUCUUUCCUUUUGAAUGAUAUUCUGCAGCUGAAAAAUCUCUCAAGUCUUGAUCUUUCAUGCAAUAGCUUGUCUAUUAAUUACAAUCACACCAAUUCCUCUCAUUCUUCAUUUCCGAAAAUUACCACAUUGAAGUUAGCUUCUGGCAAUUUGAGAAGAAUCCCAAAACAAGUUAAUGGAAGCAUUCCAGAAUCAAGGUGCAAUAAACCAUAUCUUCAGGUUCUUGAUUUGUCCAAUAAUUCUCUAAGUGGCCCGAUUCCCCAGUGCUUGACUGCGAUGAGUUGGACACUGGCAGUACUUAAUUUAAGGGGAAACAAAAUUUCUGGCACUCUUCCAGAUAAUUUUCCUCAGCCCUGCAGUCUACAAACUCUAGACCUCAAUGGCAAUGUGAUUGGUAGUCAGUUCCCAAAAUCUCUAGCCAAUUGCACAAUGUUAGAGGUGUUAAACCUGGGAAACAAUCAGAUAACAGAUGUCUUUCCGUGCUUACUGAAGAGCAUAUCCAGCUUGCAUGUACUUGUCUUGCACUGCAACAAACUUUAUGAUCGCAUUGAAUGCCUCAAGACCAACAGUGCCUGGACAAAGCUUCAAAUUAUUAACAUAGCUCGCAAUAAUUUAUUGGCGAAAUACCAGGAAGUUUUUAGAAAACAUGGCAAGCAAUGA